AUGGCGAAAGUGUUAGAUGAGACGCCGGCGCUGAUCAACGAAAUGGAUUUGCAGAUAAGCCAGAUGACGUUCAGUUUUCUUAGUCAAAUAACGGCUCUACAUCCAUCUUUGAUUGAUAAACCUCUGCCACGUCUGCUUGAGGCAUGUGUGUUGUUACUGCAAAGUUCACUGCUGCAGGGCGCCACGUUGGCAGCCGCAUUAAACUUCAUCGAAGCCAUCGUUUUUGCAAAUAUACCCCGAAAGCCUUCGUUUGAGGUAUGGAUGAUCGUUUUGCAGGAACUACUGGACCAUUUGACGGCUCCAGUUUAUGAUCAUCCAGUACUUCAUCGCCAGGCCUAUCGCUCCAUAUCGGCAUGUACAGCUGCAGUAGCCUGGUCUUUCGGUCAGCCGGAGCGUUGCCGUGGUUUGGCGGUUAAACUGACGGAACAGUUGAUGUCCGACAGCACACCAGAUGGAGUGCGAUUGUUCUCGCUGCUUUCAGUUGGCGAAUUGGGAUGUAAAUGUCCGAACGUCUACGAAGGCUUUUUCCCGAUGCCAGAAGAGCUGUUGUUGAAGGCUUUUAAUUCGACAUCGCAGGAGGUGAAAACUGCUGCUUCGUAUGCGCUGGGCCGGCUUGCUAUUGGAAAUCUGGAAAAAUACCUUCCAUUCCUGCUAGAACAAAUCAACUCUCAGCCAAGACGCCAGUAUCUUCUACUUCAUUCCCUUAAAGAGGUCAUUGGUUCAGAAAGUGGAGACUUACGAGCAGUGGAAAUCUUCCGUCCAAGGAUUGAGCAGAUUUGGCCGGUUUUGGCAGUCCAUGCAACGGCACCAGAAGAAGGCACUCGAAAUGUUGUUGCUGAGUGCCUGGGCAAAUUGUGCCUCGUUCAUCCAGAACAGCUGCUCUCGCGGCUUAAGGUUAUUCGAUUGCCAAAUAAGUUUAAGGAGCGGACUGCGGUGGACGAUUUGUUGCACUCGUCGAUUGCCGAUUUCCUGAAAACAGUUAAUGAUAGCGACCUGAACGUUCGCCGCGUAGCAUUGGUGGCAUUCAACUCUGCUGCGCAUAACAAACCGCGAUUGAUUCGUGACUUAUUGGAUAUCUUAUUACCUUCGCUGUACGGUGAAACAGUUGUGAGGAAAGAAUUGGUUCGCGAGGUGGAGAUGGGGCCGUUCAAACAUACUGUUGAUGAUGGAAUUGAUUUGCGGAAGGCUGCUUUUGAGUGGUACUAG